AUGGGGACGGCGUCAGGCUCCGUGCCUGGCAUCGACCCGGCCGCGGCGGCGGCUGCCCAUGCGCAACUGAAGAAGGUUAAGAAGCAGAAAGUGUUGCUGAUGGGGAAGAGCGGCUCGGGGAAAUCGAGUAUGAGAAGUAUCAUCUUUAGCAACUACUUGGCCCGGGAUACCCGGCGAUUAGGCGCCACAAUCGACAUUGACUUGUCCCAUGUUAAGUUCCUGGGCAAUCUCACCCUCAAUCUGUGGGACUGCGGCGGCCAAGAGGCUUUCAUGGAGAACUACCUCUCCCAGCAGCGCGCCCACGUCUUCAGCAACGUCGGCGUGCUCAUCUACGUCUUCGACAUCGAGAGCCGCGACGUCGAGCGUGACAUGGCCACCUACGUCAACAUCAUCAGCGCCCUGGUGCAAUAUUCACGCGAGGCCAAGAUCUUUGUCCUGAUCCACAAGAUGGAUCUGAUUCAGCCCACAACCCGCGAAGACGUCUUUGACGCCCGCGCCGCUCUCGUCAAGCGCAAGACCGCCGAGGCCGUUUCCAUCGUGCUCAAGCAAAAGCCCGAGCAAGGCGGCCAACAACAACAAUUACAACAACCACAACAACCAGAACCCUCCCCCACCCUCACAACCUCCGCCUCCACCACCUCCCUCAACAACGCCGACCCUUCCCUCAACCUCCAACUCUUCGCCACCUCCAUCUGGGACCAAUCCCUCUACAAAGCCUGGGCCUCCAUCAUCCACGACCUUGUCCCCAACCUCUCCGUAAUCGAAACCCAACUCGCCAGCCUCGGCCAAGCCAUCGACGCCGACGAAAUCCUGCUCUUCGAACGGACCUCUUUUCUCGUAGUCUCCAAAUGGACCUCACCCGAAGGCGAGCGCAACCCGUACGGCGACCGUUUCGAGCGCAUGAGCAACAUCCUCAAGAGCUGGAAACACACGUGUUCCAAGUACACCGGCACGCCGCGGAAUGCGGAGCAGUUUUCGGAUUUUGAGUACAAGAUGGGGGUGACGUUUAGUAUGUUUGCGACCAAGUUUACGACGAAUACGUAUAUCCUGGUGUGUAUGCCGCCUGGGGAGGCACGGUUUAAUAGUGCGAAGCUGAAUGUGGCCGCCGCCCGGCCGUGGUUUAAGUUUCUCGACGGGCCGGUUGUGUCGGCGCAGUCGCAGCAGCCGCAGCAGCAGCAAUGA